AUGAAACCAUUUCUUGUUUCUUUGUGUCUCCUGGGAACUUUUCUCCAUGCCUUGGCUCAAUGCACCUCAGAGUUUCAUCUUGAAGGAGAUUAUUUGUUGGGUGGACUUUUUGAUAUUCAUCAUGACACCCCUGUUUAUCAUAACAGACCAGAAGCCAUCGACUGCUCCAGUAAACCCUUCAUUCAUUCAAGCUAUCGAAGGUUUCAGGUGAUGAGAUUCUCUGUAGAGGAAAUCAAUAACUCCACCAGCCUCCUGCCAAAUGUAUCUCUUGGCUAUGAGAUAUUUGACCACUGCUCAGAUACGCACAAUUUCCCAGGUUUUUUCAACCUCAUCUCCGUCAACGGCUUGAUCCAACCUUGGGGUGAACCACAAAAGAAUCUGUCCAAAAUGAUAGCACUGGUCGGCACUUAUACGAGCCCUAAGGCCCUGACUGUAGCCCCUCUCUUCAUGAUGAAUCUCAUUCCUAUGGUCAGUUAUGCAGCUUCCAGUUCUAUCUUUUCAAGAAAAGAGAUGUUUCCCUCUUUCCUUCAAACAGUGCAUACCAAUCAAGACGUCGUAAAGGCAGUUGUUGACAUUGUGCAGCACUUCAACUGGCGCUGGAUUGCUUUCCUCUACAUUGAUGGGGAUUAUGGCAUCAAUGGACUGUACUUGCUCAUAGAAAGGAUAAAGGACACUGAGAUCUGCCUUCCGUACACCAAAGCCCUGAAUCACGACACAGAUCACUCUCAAAUAUUCAAACAGAUAGAGGCACAGAGGAUAGGUGUCAUUAUUGUUUUUGCUCCUGAAUGGACUGUUGAAGCUCUCAUUGAGUCAGCAAUACAACUAAACAUUACCAACAAAGUGUGGAUAGCAGUGGAUGCGUGGUCCUUGAACAAGAAGCUCCCCAAGAAGAAAGGAAUCAAAAAUAUUGGGACUGUAAUUGGGGUUGCUGAGCCAAGACUGACAAUUCCUGGUUUCAGUGAUUUUAUCCAUUCUUCCAGAAGCCAGGCUCAUUGUGAAAACACAGAGCAAAAUAUGUUUUGUAAUCAGGAUUGCAACUGCAGCAGCCUGAGUGCAGAAGAUGUCAUCGCUGCAGAUCCAUCUUUUAAUUUUCCUGUUUAUACUGCUGUAUACGCCAUCACUCACGCCUUACACAAUAGCGCCCAAACGGUGUCUUGCUGCUGCUGCGUCUUCUACCACGAUCUACGGAGCCAUCAGAUCAAGGUGACGGUGUGUUUCGUACCCAAAUGUCACCAUUCCAACAAGAACAGACUUGUAGUGGUUUUCACCACGCUUAAGGCUUUUGUCCUCUCCUUGGAAGAAGGCAGUGAAGUGUACCAGAGACACAGCCAUGUUCCGACAAUGAAACAUUUUCUUGUUUCUUUGUGUCUCCUGGGAAGUUUUCUCCAUGCUUUGGCUCAAUGCACCUCGGAGUUUCAUCUUGAGGGAGAUUACAUGUUGGGUGGAGUUUUUGAUGUUCAUCAUAGCGACCCUGUUAAUCAUGAGAGACCAAGAGCCAUCAGCUGCUACAGUGAACACUUACUUAAUUCAAGCUAUCGAAGGUUUCAGGUGAUGAGAUUCUCUGUAGAGGAAAUCAAUAACUCCACCAGCCUCCUGCCAAAUGUAUCUCUCGGCUAUGAGAUAUUUGACCACUGCUCAGAUACGCACAAUUUCCCAGAUUUUUUAAACCUCAUCUCCGUCGACGGCUUGAUCCAACCUUGGGGUGAACCACACAAGAAUCUGUCCAAAGUGAUAGCACUGGUCGGCGCUUCUACAAGCACUGAAGCACGGACUGUGGCCCCUCUCUUCAUGAUGAAUCUCAUUCCUAUGGUCAGUUAUGCAGCUUCCAGUUCUAUCUUUUCAAGAAAAGAGAUGUUUCCCUCUUUCCUUCAAACAGUGCAUACCAAUCAAGACGUCGUAAAGGCAGUUGUUGACAUUGUGCAGCACUUCAACUGGCGCUGGAUUGCUUUCCUCUACAUUGAUGGGGAUUAUGGCAUCAAUGGACUGUACUUGCUCAUAGAAAGGAUAAAGGACACUGAGAUCUGCCUUCCGUACACCAAAGCCCUGAAUCACGACACAGAUCACUCUCAAAUAUUCAAACAGAUAGAGGCACAGAGGAUAGGUGUCAUUAUUGUUUUUGCUCCUGAAUGGACUGUUGAAGCUCUCAUUGAGUCAGCAAUACAACUAAACAUUACCAACAAAGUGUGGAUAGCAGUGGAUGCGUGGUCCUUGAACAAGAAGCUCCCCAAGAAGAAAGGAAUCAAAAAUAUUGGGACUGUAAUUGGGGUUGCUGAGCCAAGACUGACAAUUCCUGGUUUCAGUGAUUUUAUCCAUUCUUCCAGAAGCCAGGCUCAUUGUGAAAACACAGAGCAAAAUAUGUUUUGUAAUCAGGAUUGCAACUGCAGCAGCCUGAGUGCAGAAGAUGUCAUCGCUGCAGAUCCAUCUUUUAAUUUUCCUGUUUAUACUGCUGUAUACGCCAUCGCUCAUGCCUUACACAAUGUCCUGCAAUGUGGAGCUGGCAGAUGUAAUAACAACAUUACAGUGUACCCACACAUGGUUCUUGCAGAGCUGAAGAAGUCAAACUUCACACUGUUCAACCACAGUAUUCAGUUCGAUGAGAAUGGUGACCCCAGCUACGGAUUCUAUUCUAUAGUCUUCUGGAACCAAAGUGGUGAUGCAGAGGAGAUCGGCUUUUAUCAUUUUUAUCCACCGUUUAACUUUUUCAUCAACGAAAGCAAAAUUCAGUGGCACACAAAUGGAGAAGAUCCCUACAAGUGCAUCGCCUGUAAGGAGACAGAAUGGUCUGCAGCAGGAAGUACAUCAUGCAAUCUGCGGGUGGUGGAGUACAUCCCAUUCACAGACAGUGGAGCCAUACUGAUCAUGAUCGGGGCCUGGGCAUUUGUGGGCCUCACACUAGCCAUGUCUGUUCUCUUUGCCAUCAACUACAACACACCUGUUGUCAGAUCUGCUGGGGGACCAAUGUGCUUCCUGAUUUUAGGCUGCCUCAGUCUGUGUAGUCUCAGUGUGUUCUUUUACUUUGGUAAGCCAACAACCUCCUUCUGUAUCUUAAGGUUCUUACCAUUUCUGUUGUUCUACACUGUUUGUCUAGCAUGUUUUGUUGUGCGCUCAUUUCAGAUUGUUUUCAUUUUCAAAAUAGCUGUCAGGUUCCACAAGAUCAGCAGCUGGUGGAUGAAAUAUCACGUACAAUGGCUGGUCAUCACUGUGGCAUUUGUUACACAGGCAGUCUUACUUAUUAUUGGCUAUACUUAUGCUCCCCCCAGACCCUACCAUGAAUUUUCAUCCCCAAACAAAAUCAUACUUGGUUGUGACAUUAAUCUCAAAGAAUUUUCAUCCCCAGACAAAAUCAUACUUGGUUGUGACAUUAAUCUCAAAGCAUCCUCUGGUUCUGUGGUUUUAGUUCUAUCUUUGUGCUCCCUUUGCUUCAUUUUCUCCUACAUGGGUAAAGACCUCCCAAAAAACUACAAUGAGGCCAAAGCCAUAACCUUCUGCCUGCUCCUUCUGAUCCUCACCUGGAUCAUCUUUGCCACUGUGUACAUUCUUUACCGUGGCAAGUACAUCCCAACACUGAAAGCUCUGGCGGUACUCUCCAGUCUCUACUCCUUUCUGUUGUUUUAUUUCCUCCCAAAAUGUUACAUCAUCAUUUUUCAAUCGUACAAAAACACGCAGGAAUACUUUCAAGGUCUCAUUCAGAGUUAUACCAUGACAGUCAGCUCGUAG